AUGGCUCCGUUCAGAUGGCCAAGCCUUAAAAAUGACAUUGCCCUGGCUAAAGAAGUUGCUUCCAGAAAGCCACAAACGCAUCAGGAAUGGGAUGAAUUAGCAACUAUUCUCAGUGAAGUCUUUAGUUCCGACAGCAACAGAGUUGAACUAAAGGGGCGCGGAUGCCGAGAGAGAUUGACAAGGCUCAUUGAAAAGAAUGAACAAGAUGACAAAAAGUCGCUCAAAAAGUAAGGGUUAGCACAUGCAUUCAUGUAAGUUAUAUAAUUGGCGCGACAAGGAAUACGCAGAAGCAUCAUAUUUUAUUCAUGAAGAUGUUAAACAAACAAGUCCUAACAAGAAAUUCCUUUGUCUCAGUCAAAUAAGUUGUUUAUUUAUCUCAUGGUUUUAAUGACAGCCUCUCAGUGAAUCAGUACAUUUCUAAAAUACAUGCAUUGUAUGCCAAGACUGUGCUCACAAUGCCAAAUGCCUUGGGACUUGUUCAUUCCCAACCCAAAUACUGUUCUAUUGUAAUGGAAGGAGUGGUUAUGUUUAUUCUUUGAAUUACCAAAAGAUCUGGAACCGAGGAGGAAUACAGUGAGCUAAGCCAACUGCUACAGGAUAUCAGUACAUAUAAAAGAGACAUGGACGAGUAUAAAGCCAAAACUGCAAAAGACAAGGAACAGAAAAAAAGAAAGAGAGGGAAGAUAAAAAGAUGGGUGAAGAAAUAA